AAACGAAGAAAAGAAAUUAAUUUGUGAUGUAAUGCACGCAGCUAUGGAGCCUAAGACCAGUGGCAGCAGCAGUAGUAGUACUAGUAGUAGUAGUAGUAGUAGUAGUAGUAUUAAGCAGGAAGAGACAAGCAGAGAGGGGGCCCAGGAGACAACAGGCCCCCUCUCCCCCCCACCGCCCCACCUACCAUCUUCCAGAGCUAAAGGUUUAAGGAUAGACUCGCAAAAAAUGGAAACUGGCGGUGGCGGCGGUGGUGGUGGUGGCGGCGGUGGUGGUGGUGGUGGUGGUGGUGGUGGUAGCAGUAUUGCCAACCCCUCUUCGGCCACUAACGGGAGCAGUGUUACCAAUGGUGUGGUCGGGGGCGGGGGUGGGGAGAGACCGCCCCCCGUCCCCCCUCCCCACCCCUACUCUCCCCCAGGUGCCCCCCAACACAAGGCAGCGUACACAAACGGCGCCCACUCCCCACACAGCACUGUCAACGGGACGCCCACUCCUUCUCCCCCUGCCCUCACCUCCCCGCCCACCCCCGCCCACGACCACGCCCACACCACGCCCGGCAGAGAUACGCAGAGACAGAUUGCUAAGGUUCGACGUUUCCUCACCACGCUUCACCAGUUCGCCGCAGACAUAUCUCAAGAAGUGGGAGAGAGAGUGAGACAUCUCGUACUGGGACUACUGAGCGGGGCAGUGACGGUAGAAGAGUUUCAUGUCGGGCUUCAAGAGGUAACCCACUUUCCACUCCGUCCCUUCGUUCUUCCCUUCCUGCGCUCCCACCUGCCCCUCCUCCAGCACCACCUCCACGCCCUCGCCAGAAGAGCGGCCAUGCCAGUGUCGCAGUAUGUGGCGGUGCACGAGGCGGCUGCCCUGGACGCCGCCUCGGGGGAACCUACUGACUUCUUCUCCUCAGAGGUCACGCAGGGGAAGAGGCGACAUGACGGAUACUUCGAAAAUGGAGACGGAGGAGGAGGAGGAGGGGGAGGAGGCGGAGGAGGAGGAGGAGGAGGAGGAGGAGGAGGGUCUCUCUCUCCGCCCCCUAGCAAGAGAGUGGGGGGCCUUUUCUCUCCCCCCUACCCAAGUGUCGGGGUGAGCCCGGACCCCCCCACCCCACACCCCAAGGAGUACCGCACCCCCGCCCCCCCUCCGGAUGAUGAGUGGAAGAAUAUACAUGUGAUGCUAACCUGUAUUUUAAGCAUGGUGGAGAAAACAAGACGGGCGUUAACUAUGCUACAAGAACGAGAAGGAGGAGGAGGAGGAGGAGGAGGAGGAGGAGGAGGAGGAGGAGGAGGAGGAGGAGGAGGAGGAGGAGGAGGAGGAGGAGGAGGAGGAGGAAGACAAGACUACGAUGCUGAGGUCAGGAGGCAUGCUGCUGAAUUAGUGGCGCAGUCAAUAAGGGCAACUGAAGAGAGAGUGUCUGAGGUGAAGCGGAAAGCAGAGGAAGCGGUGUCAGAGGUACGAAGGGCGGCGGUGGCGGAGGUGCAGAGAGCUGUGGGCGCGGCGGAGGCGAGGGCGCAAGAGUUGGUAGCGGCUGAGAGAGCGAAAGUGGACGUGCUUUUAAGAGAGGUGGGGAGAAGAGACCCUGCGGAACCUCGGAUUGACCCCCAGCAGGCGUGUUGGAACUGCGGUAGAAAGGCUCACGAGACAUGUAGCGGAUGUAAUGUGGCGAGGUACUGUGGUCCAUUCUGCCAACACAAAGAUUGGGACGGACAUCACAAGGUUUGCUCUCCUGGUUUAUCUUCCUCUUCCUCCUCCUCUUCCUCCUCUUCCUCCUCCUCCACGCCCGCCUCCUCCUCCUCCUCCACAGCCCUCGUAGCCGCCCUUGUUUCAAAAGCUAAGUUCUCAAAGCCUGAUGUUCCCAAGGGUGAGUGAGGUUGUUUGCUGUUUGUGGGUGUUUACAUGUGUGAGAGUGUGUUAGAGAGAGGUACUGUGUGUGUGUGUGUGUGUGUGUGUGUGUGUGUGUGUGUGUGUGUGUGUGAGUGAGUGUAAACAACUAAAAAACCCUGUUUCUGUGUGCAAACAAGACUAUUUUGAGUGUAAACAGCUAUGAAUGGGUAAACAACGACCAAUUGAGAGCAAAAACCCUAUUUUUUAGUGCAAACAAGACGAUUUUGAGUAUAAACAGCCAUGAAUUGGUAAACAACGACCGAUUGAAAGCAAACAAGACUAUUUCGAGUGUAAACAGUUACUACAGGGUGAAAACACGUAGGUACUGCAAACAACUAUUAAAUGGAAGCAAAAAACUAUUUCUGUCUGCAAACGAAACUAUUUUGAGUGCAAACAACUAUCAAAGGUAAAGAACACAUGGAUACUGUAAACAAGGUUCUGUGUGUUAGUGUAAACAGCUGUUUGAUAUGAAGUAAAGUGUAGAGUGAAUGCAAACAAUAAUUCAAGGUAAACAAGGUCAUGUGUGUCACUGUAAACAAUUGAAAAUAAACAGAACUACAGGGUAAACAACGAAUAAAACUGGAAAAACGUGAUGUGUAGACAAAUUGGAUGUAAACAAUGGAAAAUAAGAGUAAACAAAAGAAAACAGGUAUCAAGUGUAAACAAGACAGCAGACAAAAUUACAAUAUAGUACUAGAAAAUAUGUUGAGUAUAAACAGUGAUAAGUGUUGAGUGUAAACAAAGUACAGGCAAACAAAACAUGAAAUAAACAAGAAAUGCACAAAAGAUAGAAAUGAAAACAAGAUAAGUGAUAAAGAAAAUGCAAACAAACCACAUGGUCGAUGUAAACAAAAUAACAGGUAAAGAAAACAUAUAAACAGCUCACAUGAUCAGAGCAAACAGUGAGUCUAUAGAGGGACACAUUAGAUACAACAAUGAAAACAAGUAUAGCUGUAAACAAACGAGUGUAAACAAAGCAAACAGUGUCUAUAUUAAGGUGAAGGUUGCAUGUAAACAGUGCCAUAGCGUGAAUGUAAACAAGAAAUAACCA